AUGGCGGAGGCAUUGACAAUGGCGGUAGCCCGCCAAGGGCCGGCAUCCUUCAAGCUGGGAACGAAGGCAGUGUUUUUGCCAAACCAUGUCGUCACCUUCGUCCGCAAAGAUAGAUCACCGCCAAACUGGGCGACCUUCAACGUGCCUCUCACCUUUACAAAGUUUGACAUGCGCGACUACCUCUGGAACCUGUACGGUGUCGAGACGACGGCGGUGCGCUCACAAGUGAAGCAGUCGGCCAUCGAGCGCAGGGCAACAGGGUCGGGCUACUUCCGCCCGCAGAGCACGAAAGUCAUGACGGUGCAGCUGACGAAGCCCUUUGUGUGGCCGACGCCCCCCGAGGACCUCGAGCCGUGGAACAAGAAACUAUGGGAGGCGCGCGAGGGCACGUCGCGGGAGCAGUACCGCGCCGACAUCAAGAAGCAGCUCGGCAAGCUGGCAUACCCGAGCAAGGACCAAGAGAGCGCCGAGAGGAAGAACCUGCGGCGGCAGGCUAACAAGCUGUUGAAGAUCAAGGGCGAGUGGAAGAACGAGGUUCAGCUGGACAGCAAGUGGGAUCAGAUUGUCGCCAAGACGAGGAGGUCGUCCAAGGCGAAGAAGGCAUAG